GCACAAAGCAGGCUUCUAGUUUCCUCCUGCUCCGGAGCCCUCGGACCCCCUGCCCCGAGCAAGGUGAGACUCCAGGCUGGUGUCCGAGCAGUUCUCCCAGGCCCCGCAGAAGCUGGCCUUCUACAACUGGUACGGCAGCGCCCGGCUCUUCCACUUCCGUGUGCCCCCGGACACGGUGCUGCUGCACUGGCUGCUGCAGGUCACCCAGGGCAGCGGCCCCGCCUGCAGCAACGUGGAGACCACCGUGUACUUCCGCUAUGGCGCCCCUCCUGUGAUCAACCCACUGGGCACCAGCUUCGCCAACAAUACCUCCGUGCAGCCCUCCUUCCUCCUCAAGAUGCUGCAGGACAACGCCUCUUUCAAUGUCUCCUACCCAGCACCUGGGGACUGGUUUGUGGCCGCCCACCUGCCCCCCUCCUCCCAUAAGAUUGAGGUGAAGGACUUUAUUCCCACCUGUGCCUACAUCUUCCAGCCGGACAUGCUGGUCGUGAGAGUGGUUGAGAUGUCCAUCCUGAAGCCUGACGUGCCCCUCCCACUAGUCCUCCUCUCCCAGCCCAGCUACCUCAAAGUCUUCGUCCCCAAGCACACCCAGGAGCUGCGGCUGGAGCUGCAGGGCUGUGUGUCCAAUGGGAGCCUGGGCUGCCCUGUGCACCUCACCGUGGGCUCGGCCACCCUGCCGGGAAACUUCCAGAAGGUGCUCACUUGCAGCGACCCGACCACGGCCUGCCGCCUGCUGCUGCCCUCACCACCCUGGGAACGGUGGAUGCAAGUGACGGCCAAGAGCCUGGCGGGGCCCCGCGUGUCGGUGACGUUUAGUGCUGUGGUUGCCCUCACAGCCUGCAGACCGUGGACUGUGAACCUCCAGCACCUUCUGAAUAGCUCAGACCAAAGCAGCAACACCUCCACGGGGACGCCGCUCCCGAGCCCCAACACCCACGACCUGGACCAGAGUGGCAAGGCGGGCAGUGGCCCCUUCUGCUUCAGGAGCUUCCCCAUCCUGCGGGAAGACAUGGAUGUGGUGUCCGUGCGCUUCCGGCCCCUGGACAGGAUCUCGGUGCUCGUGCAGUCGGACAUGCCCUCGGUGAUGCAACUGCACCUCAACACGGGCAUGGACAGUGGGGGCUCCCUCAGCAUCUCCGUGAGCAUCAACCAGACUGUGAUUGCCAACAGCACUUCGGUGGUGGCCUGUGUGACUGCCGGCUCGCCCUUCCUCAGCUUCAGCACCUCGCUCGGCUGCACCACGGCCUUCUUCCAGGGUUACCCCUUGUCCCUGAGCGCCUCGUCUCCCACGGCCAACCUCAGCAUCCCCUACCCGGAGACAGACAACUGGUACCUCUCCCUGCAGGUCCUCUGCCCCGAGAGGCCUGAGGAGUGUGUGCAGGCCUCAGUCCUUGUGGAAACCACCUUGUACUUGGUGCCUUGCCUGAACGACUGCGGACCCUACGGCCAGUGCCUUCUGUUGCGUAGACACAGCUACCUGUAUGCGGGCUGCAGCUGCAGGGCAGGCUGGCGUGGGUGGAGCUGCACAGACAACAGCACGGCCCAGACUCUGGCCCAGCAGAAGGUAGCCACCCUCCUGCUCACCCUGAGCAACCUCCUGUUCCUGGCCCCUAUCGCCAUCUCCGUGCACCGCUGCCUUCUGGUGGAGGCCUCAGUCUAUGCCUACACCAUGUUCUUCUCCACGUUCUACCACGCCUGCGAUCAGCCGGGCGGCGCUGUGCUCUGCAUCCUCAACUACGACACGCUGCAGUACUGUGACUUCCUGGGCUCCGGAGUGUCCAUCUGGGUCACUGUCCUCUCCAUGGCCCGGCUGAAGGCGUCCCUGAAAUACGUCCUCUUUAUCCUGGGCACUCUGAUCUUCGCCAUGUCCUUGCAGCUGGACCGCAGGGCCGCCUGGAACACGAUGGGGCCUUGCCUCUUUGCCAUCGUGGUCAUGGUUACCAUGUGGGUGUACCGCUGCGGCCGCCGGCGCCACUGCUACCCGCCCUCCUGGCAGCGCUGGGUCUUCUACCUCCUGCCCGGCCUCUCCAUGGCUGCUCUGGCCCUCACCAUCUAUGUUUCCAUGAUGACCAGCGAAAACUAUUACUACACCCACAGCAUCUGGCACAUGCUGCUGGCAGGGAGCGCAGCCUUCUUGCUGCCGCCAAGGGACCAGCACGCCGAGCCCUGGGCCUGCGCCCAGAAGCUCAGCUGCCGCUAUGAAAUCUGCAAGAACCACCGGGACGAGCUAUACACAGUGACGUGACAGCCGCCGUGGGGAGCACCUGCAGCUCUGCUGAUCCCUCCAGCCAGGGGCAGGGCGAGGGAGUGGGACCCUAUGCAGAUCCAUUUCCAACUGAAUAAAACUGCCCUGUGCACUCUUUGGCUUCCCCCUCUGGAGGGAGGACCACACCCCCAGGUCCUCGUGCCCGCGGGCUGCCAGCUGACUCGGUCCCCCUGCAGCUCCCAGCUGGUGUCUGUAGGGGCCCUUGGGGCCAGGGCCAGGCUGCCUGGAAAGCACAGGUACCAUGUGGGAGCAGGCUCUGGGUUAUCCUGGCCUGGGAUGGCUGGAGGGAGAUGUGGAGCGGGAGUCCCCCACUGACCGGUUCCCCUGUGAGGCUUUGGUGUGAGACACCCAGGUGGGCAGAGGGGCCCUGAACCUGCCUCCCAUGGGCCUCUGGCUUCUUGACCCCUUGUGCCUUGAAUGCCACCCUGCCUUGGGCAUGGAUCUACCCCCUGCUGACACACUUGCCUUGAGAAGGAGUGACCACACUUAACCAUGGAGCUGAUGGCACUGGUGGUCCAUAAUUCGGCCAGCUGCCAUGAGUGGCGUGGGGGAGGCUGGCUUCUGGCUGUCCACUCCUCCCCCUUCACUUCCUGUGGCUCUCAGUUUUGAGAUGAGCUUCCUGGGUAGGAAACUGCCAAGCAGCUCUCAGGACGCUGGGCCCACAGGGCACACCUUGCCCUAGCUUGUGUCCCACUGGCCCCUGGGUUCUGGGCUCUUGUCUAGGGAGCAUCUCCUUGUAUUCCUGGGAGAGCAGGGAUGGUUGCCACCUUCCAUCCAACUGCACAGUUAAGGAGGGGACUCCUGGAAACCUGGCCUAGCCUUUCUCCGGUUGUGGGGACGCCCAGUAAGGGCUGCUGUCUGUGUGAGGGGCCCAAAUGGGGCCAUGGAAAGCUGAGCAGCUAAGCCCAAGGUGGGGGGCACGCAGCCCUCCCAUCUCCUGGCAUCUUCCUUUCUGAGUCCUGUUCAGGCUGUGGCCUCCCCGGAGGCUUCCCGCUCCUCCAGGAACCCAGAACUUGGCCACCGGAGCUGGCUUGUAAAGGGGAAAUAUUUAUAUGCAAUAUUUUGAGGGGAAGAUUUUUCAAGACAUUUAAAACGUAUUUUUCUGUA